AUGGUGGAGAGUAACGAUUUGGCGCUUCUCUCCAGGUUCAUAAGUCCAGCUGUGUGGAACAAUUGGCACAGAAUCAAACUUGGAAGUUUAGCGCUCAUCAAAAUCUUCUCUCGGAUCCCCAGAGGCAGCGGCGCUCAGAAGGAAUAUCCACCUAUAUGUACAGGGUUGCGCGCAAGUCAGAUGCUUGGCACUCAUGAUUCCCGCCAUCUCCCUGGAUACAUGACGAUAAAUAAGGUGAUGUCACUUGCGACAAACAGCACUCAAUUCAAUGCGUGCUUCUUUCUAGUUCGACUAGGUUUAUUGAAUAUUCACACAAUGUUUCUUCAUUAG